UUGGGUGGGUGGAGGUUUGAGGGGGCGCAUGGGUACAUGUUAAACGAGGUUAAGUGAGCCUGUGUACUUUCUGCUUCCACCGAGACCACGCCACCACAACCCAAACGUGCACACUCGUGGGAAACUUUCUGAACUAGUUUCAUACUGGUGGAGAAUAAUGACGGCCUCCAACAUGGGCAAUGGUCCGGAGAAGAAUUUCAACGCAAAAGAGGAGCGAAAGCUGCGGAAACCAUUGAUAGAGAAGAAACGCAGAGAGAGGAUAAACUCGAGCCUUGAGCAGCUGAAGGGUAUAAUGGUGGAUGCCUACAAUUUGGACCAAUCUAAACUGGAGAAAGCUGAUGUUCUGGAGAUCACAGUUCAGCACAUGGAGAAUCUUCAAAGAGGUGGAAGUAACAGUCCCGGCACUGGUUUUGAGUCUCGCCAGAGAUACAGCAGCGGCUACAUCCAGUGCAUGCAUGAGGUGCACAACCUCCUCCUGAGCUGCCCUGGGAUGGACAAGACUUUAGGUGCCCGUCUUCUAAACCACCUGCUCAAAUCUCUACCUCACAUCAGCACCGAACCCAGCGGUACGAGCUCCGCCGGGACGUCCAGCCCUCUCCCUCUGUCCCCGACCCAGUCCCCAAUAAACCUGCCCAGCUCCUUACAGCCCCAUGCUCUCCUCCUGUCUCCAUCUCCACCCUCCAGCCCUACUCACUCCCUGGUCAGGCCCCGUGAACAGUCUUCUCCACCCAGCUCUCCUUCUCCUCAGUCUCCGGCUUCCCUUCCCCCUUUCUUUCCCGGGGUCGAUCCUUCCAUGUGGAGGCCCUGGUGAAUGAAUACAGCCCUGCCCUCCCCCCUGUUUGGCCUCCUCUUGCCCUUCCUGGCCUGAUAGUUUCCAUUGCAUUUGAUCUCCUGGGAGGCUGGAGUGCUUUCCAUUCAGUGGGGUGCAUCGUAUCGGGUUACAGUGGGUCCCACCGGGUCGUGCGCUAUCAUUUAAAGCACUGCUUGGAAGCAAAUGAUGCUGUUUUGCAUGAGGGCACGAACACAGAUGACACCAAAGCUGCCCUACAUCACUAUGUAGUAGAUGAUCACUUGUUUAGAUGCCUUACUUUUUGCUUUUUUUAACAAUAGUUUUACUAGGUUUGUUUUUUUUUUUGGAUUAUGCAUGUUUCUUCACACUGAAUGCAAAACACUAAUAGCGACUCAGAAUUUGACACGAUUGUUUGUGAAAAAUACUCCAUACUUGUAUAUUACAAGAAGAGUCUGACUAGUACCUCAUAUUGAAGCUGGUUUUCUUUAUUAAAAAAUAAUAAAUUCAAGCUGGGUGUUGAUUUUGUACUCUCAAAAUGUUUGAAAAUGAUGAUGAUGAUGAAUAAAUAAUAAUAAUAAAAUAACUAA